UCCUUCACAUUACAUUUUUGACGGUCCUUUCUAUGACGUUUGCAAUUAUUUUGAACGGUUCUUAUUGAAAACGUAACUAUUAUUAUUAUUAUUAUUAUUAUUAUUAUUAUUAUUAUUAUUAUUAUUAUUAUUAUUAUUAUUAUUAUUAGGGGCUGGUCUUUAGUUCCAAUUUCCUGCCAUAGAGAUUAGUAAUGUUAGGCCAGAUCAGCCGAAGUGUCUUUUUAUGCGUGUGCGAUAGCGCCACCUGGUGGAGUCUGAGAUGAGAACCACUUCCAAAGAUUACAAACACCACGACAAGGCAGGGGAAAGUCAACAGACACGUGGGCACGGGACACGAACUUGAGUUGUUCUUUAUGGUGGCUGUGCCAUCAUGGGUUUAAUAAUAAUUGAAAUCAAAAUCGAAAAACGCCAUACUCGUUAUUAUUAUAUAAAGUGUAUUAUAACAGCAUUUGCUAUAACGCCGGGAAACGUGAGAUUGGUUUGAAUCGGACUGGCCGUCACGGCAGAUGUUUUAACACAAUGGGGUUUGAUUUUGAACCGAUCUCGCGGUGUCAUUACAAUACAUUUGAAUAACUGCCACCACGCUUCUGGCACGUGGGACUGACAACCCCCAACACAAGCGAUUAGAAAGUUCCAGAUUGAAUAUUAUAGUCAAGCCCUUUUAGUAGGGCAGAGGUCAUCCACGGGUCACCGAAUCAACUCAGUUAGCUGUGACAGCGGAAGCGAACGCAAGGACGAUUCCCAUGCCAUGCGAUGCGAAUCUUUAUUGCAUUGAGAAAUAUGGUGCCGUAUGUGGUUAUUUAAGUUAUUUAAAUUAGGGUUUUAUUUUAUUAUUGUUUUGACUGCUGUUUGUAACAAAUUAAAUACUGCAGUGCUUUAGAUUAUUAAGAAAAGCCACCAUCUUUUCCUCGGUGUGGAAUUCAAACAGCAGUUAAGUUGUUGGUCCUUGGGGACAGGCGUCCACGUUCCCACGAUCAUGCGUCCAAUAUGGGUCGUGUCUGUUUGAAUAGACUGAAUGGGCUGAUUGUUAAGGAGCUGUGGCUGGGGACCAUGCACGCGUCGGGCACGAGACGGCGCUAACCACGGGGGACCCCCUCGCCGCUGAACAGCUCGCUCGAGCAGAAGACAAAGAAGCGGAUACCGAUCUGUCUCGCCGAGACCUUUAAUAGACCCGCUCUGUUCUUAAUGGGAUUCUGCAUGGAAUUGAUAUACUUAACAGAAUGCGGGACUGGUUAAAUACGCAUAAAGGGAACGCCGCGGUGAAAGAAAGGGCGUGCAAAAGGGAAACGUCUCCAGAUAGAUACAGUAUUAAUUAAAGCGAGACCGCGGCGUGGCUUAUCUGAUGGCUUGAGAGUGUGACAGGAGGGAAUGUCCUUUUGUGUGGAGUUAGUUGUAUCAUUUUACAGUAAAAAUGAUAAUUAAAAAAGUGAUAAAAGGCCAAAACUUACUCUAAACCGGCCUGUUUUCUACACAGAUCCCUAUUCGACUCUCGAAAAUCCCACUUUAUGAUUUAUUUGAGUUGUUUGAGAAUAUUCAUUGGAAGCACACAUACAUGUUACCAGAUUAAACAGGGCAGUGUGAAGGACGCACUAAGAUGUGUUCGAAGUCUGUUGCACAAUGCUUAGUCAGUCCUACAUAGGUGGUAAUAAACAGGACCGCUCCUUGCUGAGCGUGCUUAUUGUCUCCCUGCACCCCGUGUUCUCCUAACCUAGAAUAUUUAAUCUCGGCGCUCUUCCGUUUGCAGUAUUGUUUAGAACUGCAAUGGUAAGUGAUAUGCAAUUAGCAAGACCCGCUUUAUAAAUAGGUGUAUUAUUUUUCUUUUUGCUUGAGAAAAUAUAUGGUUUAUUUGCAAUCGUAGGCUACAGUAGACAUGUUUUCUGAGAUAUUUUUUACUUGAUCUGCCCAAACUUUUUUCUCAGUUUGUUGUUCCUGGUUAGACAUGAAAUAAAAAACAAAAGCCUAUGAAAUGUGUCCUUGCUUGCCACCAUGUGGUGGGACAUACUUACUACAUAUAACAGAAACUAGACCAUACCAACGAAACAUUUACACCCAGUGGUAAAUGUAUAGGUUUCUUUAGGUUUGAAAGAAAGAAACUGACAACCCGACAGAACUAGCAAGAUACAACUAAGCUGCAUGCUUGCAUAUUAUUUGAAACUUUGGAAUAUCGAACACUUUAUAUGGAACCACCUGUGGUAAGAACGGUUCUUCAUAGAACUCGAACAAAAUAAGGGCGUGUCUUUUUAGAACGCUCGCAGCCCGCAGGUAAGGUAUUUUCGUAGAAUAAUGUUUACAAUAGUCCGGACACGGUCUGUUUUUGUUAUGUGGACAUUCAGUGAUCUUCUGCUUCGGCUGAAACUUUAAAACCAAGAGAGCGACACUUGGCUUUCAGAAGGUAUUGGUUCCGCUUGACAUUUUGAGAAUAAAGCCAGCUGCAAAAAAAACAACAACAUUUAAUUGGAGGUUUUUGAGGUGUGUCUUAAAUAUUUUUUGGAAAUAUCACAUUCUAGAUUGUUAAUUCAAAUCUAAAUAUUUUGUAACGUUUUGCAUAUAUGUUUUUUUUUUAUUAUUAUUAUUUAUUAUUGUAUUCAAACAACUACCUAGAAUGAGUCGUGCUGGGAGGCAAAUGUCAAGUCAUUUUGGUUCACUGUGCCGUUUUAAUCGUUAUUGAGCAUCGGAAUGUAGACUUAAAACAUUCUAUACUGGGACACCAGACUGUGCUACACGGCAGACGGAACUGGACUUUCGAGCAGUAUCGAUUUCUAUAGCUUAAUUCACGCGCGGGCCUUUCACAGCAAUGGGCUGUGAGUUGAAUCUCCUGUCUGUUAUUUGCGGCGCUUUUGCUGUUGGCGGCACGAUUGCCUCUCUCUACACUGAUUGCUGGCAGAUAAACAGCAAAGGUUCGGUGAUGCUGAGUAUCCGCUGUCGGGGUCUCUGGAGAGAAUGUGUGUGGGACAAGUUUGUUAAAAUAUGGACAUGCGACAUUUUCAGUUCUUAUCUGAACCCUCACCCAGCAACCAUAGUGGUCACGAGAUCUCUGAUGAUCACCUCCAGCAUUGCGAGUGUGGCUGCAUUCUUGUGCCUGCUUCUAGGAUUCAGACACUUCCACUACUGUAAAGAUGCGAUGAGGAGGAGGCAGCUGCAGAGACUGGCUGCUGCAUUGUAUUUCCUAGUAGGAGUGUUUUCUACUGGUGCCAUUAUUAGAUACUGUGUGUAUGUUUACUAUAUUCACCAAUAUGAGGUGUCCCUAAAAAUCCCAGGCUUCCCCGGUUUUGAAUAUGGUUACUCAUUGUGGACAGCGGUUGGUGCAACAUUAGGUGCUCUCUCGUCUGCCGUUAUCUCAACCUAUGAAAGCUGCUGCAAGAAGAUAAAGAAUGAAGACGGGACAAAGGAGGGUCCGUCUCAAGCUAAACAGACCAUCAGCACAUAUGUUUAACACCCCCAGCCCCACUUUAACCAAUUGGAUGUGUUUCUUUAAGCCUGGAUAAGAACCCUUGAGAUCAUGUUUGUUGCUGUAUAAAUAGGUGUUGGGCUUGUUUUCCCAUAUAUAUUCAGUAUACUGUGGUGUUUGUCAAUCAAAUAAAAUGAUGAUGUAAUAUCUGUGUUACUCUAAAAGGGGAACGUGAAACUGUAGCUGCAGGUAGCAACAGAGCAAAGCAAUCUGUCUGUCUGUCUCAUAAAGACUGCAUAGCGACCUCUCUCUUAUAUAGAUUGCAAAGCGAUCUGUCUGUCUGUCUCAUAAAGACUGCAAAGCGAU